UGUUACGGCUUAAUGACAAGCCUCAGCUACCUCAUCAUCCCUCAUUACUUCACGCGCUGGAGGGGUGUAGCCAAUGCCUGUGUCGUGGCUGGUAUAGGCAUUGGGCAAAUGAUAGGGCCGAUUCUGGUAGAAUUCUUACAGAAGGAGUAUGGCUAUGUCGGCGGCACUUUACUCAUGGGCGCUGUCCUUUUUCACGCCUGCAUCGGGGCCUCCCUUCUUCGUCCCAUCCAGAAUCAGACCAUAACAAACACCUCGGUGCAACUUGUAGAGCCAGAGUCAAGAACCUCUGGUGUUGUCACUGCAGAGAAGAAAUGGACCACUGUCGCCAUCCGUAUAUUCCUAUGUGUAUGUCGCAACAUUGUGACCAACUUCUCCGUCUUAAAAUCCCGGCGUGCUGUCAUUAUUGCUAUAGGAGGUCUGCUCACCUUCAACAGUUGGCUUAAUUUCAUAGCUUUGAUACCGUUCGCAGUGCAGGCAGCAGGUCACCCCCUCCAGGCAGCUAGUACAUGUGUGAUCGUGUCGGCCGUGUGUAACCUGGUGACGUGUCUGGCUGUAUCUAUGCUGUCAGACUGGUCCAAGUUUAGUAUGAAGGGCGCCUGUAUGACCAGCACUGCUGUUAUUGCUGCCUCCACCUUUGCGUUCAGUGUGGUUACUGACAUAUGGUGGCAGAAGAUUAUCAUGGGCAUGUGGGGGUGCGGCGUGGGCAGCUACAUGGGAAUCUACGGCCUUACCAUCGCUUACUACAUGGGCGUCCACAGCUUGGAUGCAACACUAGGGGUGACGCAGCUGUUGAUAGGCCUUGGGUUCAUCACCAUCGGACCUAUCAUAGGUGUGAUCCGGGACGCCAGUGACAGCUACACCUUCAGCAUUUGGGUCUUGGCCGGACUGGCUGCUUGCAGCUUCAUACUCUGGAUCUUUAUGCCAAACACCACCCAACACAGCCACACUACACCACUCUCUCCCAUCACCUGACAUCUCACACCUGUAUGUUCCUUACAUUCAGAAUAACACAUUCUUCUCCCCCAUUCUUUGCUUCUACCAAGUAAUUAUCAGACAUUUUGUUCAUGGCUCCUCUCAGUACAUCCACAUCAGGUAACAAUAAGGCUUUCAGUGCAGUUACUGAAGUCUCCCCAAAACCCUACCUAUCUUCACCUUCUGUAUAUAGUAUAAGCUUUCCUGACCCCACUUUACAAAAUGGUUCCUAAAACCUUUGGAAAUGUUUUUUUCAUGAAUUGCAUCACAUUUUCCUGAUACAAAGGGGAGAUACAGUACAUUCCUAUGAAAUAGAAACCUUCCCCAAACCAUCUUAAAAUGCAUUUAGAAAUAUUUAUAAUAAAAAUUGUUGGUGAACGUAAUGAUUAAAUGCCAAUAAUAAUACUGUAUAUACGUAUGUGUGAAAUACAUGUAGUUUAGGACACAGAAUUUAUUGAGUAACUAUGAGUCUCAACCAAUCCAUAUAGUUUUAAAUUCGUAGUGAUGCGCCAACAGUAAGUCUUUUGCAUUGUAAGUACCGGUAUAUACAGUAGUACAUUUGG